UCUCCUCUCGUCGUCUUCCUCGAUUUCAUCUGCCAGCUACUACUUCAUUUUCCAAUUCUGGGUUUCGAUUCUUCCAAUCUAACCAUCUCUUCUUCUCUUCAGAGUCUGGUUCACUCAUGGAAGUGUUUAAAGCAGCUUUUUCAGAAGGGUCUAAUUCUUGUGAUAGGAUUGCGAUUAAAGCCGAUGGAAAGAGUUACUCUUAUGGCCAGCUAACAUCUUCUGCUUUGAGAAUAUCUAAAUUGUUCUCCAACGAUGAUACUACAAAUGGAAGUGAAACUAAGAAGUAUGAAGGGUUUGGUAGUCUUAAAGGAGCUAGGAUUGGAAUUGUGGCAAAACCUUCAGCUGAGUUUGUUGCUGGAGUUCUGGGAACAUGGUUUAGCGGUGGUGUAGCGGUUCCACUUGCACUCAGCUAUCCUGAGGCUGAACUCUUACAUGUCAUGAAUGAUUCGGAUAUAUCUCUGUUAUUGAGCACAGAGGACCACAGUGAAACUAUGAAAACUAUCGCAGCAAAGAGUGGUGCUCAAUUUCAUCUUAUUCCUCCUGUUGUCACCUCAACUUCGGAAACUGUUGCUCGCAAUCAGUUUCAGGAUGAUAGUUUUGAAGCAGGAGGAAAGUUUCUAGAUGAUCCAGCAUUGAUUGUCUACACUAGUGGCACAACUGGUAAGCCAAAAGGAGUUGUCCAUACCCACAACAGCAUCAAUUCCCAGGUUAAAAUGCUCACUGAAGCUUGGGAGUACACAUCUACUGAUCAUUUUCUCCACUGCCUCCCACUACAUCAUGUUCAUGGGCUUUUCAACGCUUUAUUUGCUCCUCUUUACGCACGGUCUUUGGUGGAGUUUUUGCCCAAAUUUAGUGUUAGUGGAAUCUGGCGUAGAUGGCGUGAAUCAUAUCCACAGAAUGAUGAGAAAAACGACGACGCCAUAACUGUAUUCACUGGAGUUCCAACCAUGUACACUCGGUUGAUACAAGGUUAUGAAGCAAUGGAUAAAGAGAUGCAGGACUCGAGCGCUUUUGCUGCACGGAAGCUUCGCCUAAUGAUGUCUGGCUCCUCUGCUCUCCCUCGACCUGUCAUGCAUCAGUGGGAAAGUAUCACAGGUCAUCGUCUUUUGGAAAGAUAUGGCAUGACUGAGUUUGUAAUGGCAAUGUCAAACCCCUUACGUGGUGCACGAAAGGCUGGUACUGUCGGCAAACCGCUUCCUGGUGUGGAGGCUAAAAUUAAAGAAGAUGAGAAUGAUUCAAAUGGAGUGGGCGAGAUUUGUGUUAAAAGCCCAUCUUUGUUCAAGGAGUACUGGAAUCUUCCAGAGGUGACUAAAGAAUCAUUUACGGAAGAUGGAUACUUCAAGACGGGAGAUGCUGGUAGAGUUGAUGAAGAUGGAUAUUACGUGAUUCUAGGACGCAAUAGCGCUGACAUUAUGAAGGUUGGAGGAUACAAGUUAUCUGCCUUAGAAAUCGAAUCAACCCUUCUUGAGCACCCUACGGUUGCAGAAUGUUGCGUGUUGGGGUUAACAGACAAAGAUUAUGGAGAAGCCGUUACUGCGAUAAUUGUAGCAGAGAGUGCAGCAAAGAAGAGAAGAGAGGAUGAGUCAAAACCUGUAAUGACCUUAGAAGAACUCUGCGGUUGGGCUAAAGACAAGCUUGCUCCUUACAAGCUACCAACACGAUUGCUGAUAUGGGAGAGCUUGCCCCGCAACGCCAUGGGAAAGGUGAACAAAAAAGAGCUAAAGAAAUCUCUGGAUAAUCAAGAAUAAAUUCUCAGACAACCAUGGAUUACAUACACAUAUGCAUAAAUGAAAUUUCCUUUU